AAAUAGUAGGGGACCAAAAUCCGCCUGCAAUUUACAAAGCAUUAUUACGAACCCUCGGAAUAUAUAACCCUACUGGAAAGCUAGGUUUCUGCAUCCAGGAAGCAAUGGGGAAGGGAACAGGGAGUUUCGGGAAGAGGAGGAACAAGACUCACACUCUCUGCGUGAGGUGUGGCCGCCGGAGCUUCCAUCUGCAGAAGAGCCGAUGCUCCGCCUGUGCUUACCCUGCUGCCCGCACGAGAAAGUGGGAAGGGAACAGGGAGUUUCGGGAAGAGGAGGAACAAGACUCACACUCUCUGCGUGAGGUGUGGCCGCCGGAGCUUCCAUCUGCAGAAGAGCCGAUGCUCCGCCUGUGCUUACCCUGCUGCCCGCACGAGAAAGUACAAUUGGAGUGCGAAGGCGAUCCGUAGAAAGACCACCGGAACUGGCCGCAUGAGGUAUCUCCGUAAUGUUCCCCGCCGUUUCAAGAGCAACUUCAGAGAAGGUACUCAAGCAGCUCCAAGGAACAAGGGUGCAGCAUUGUCCUCUUGAGAGAUCAAAAGUCUUUUGAGUUGGAAUUUUGUGAGGGUAGGUUAUAUUGUAUAAUUUCGUUUUGUUAUUUUGAAGUAUUAGAACAAUUUAAAUUUUGGUGAAUCUAAUUAUUCCCAAGCUACUUCAAAGACUUGAUUUCUGAGUUGAUUGCUGAUUAAUGAAUGAAAACCCCUAUUUAGCAUUUCAAUUGCUUCAAUCUCUUGUGUUCAUAAUGUGUGUUUUGGACCAAUGAUGUAUAGAUUUUUAUGUCGGAAGCCCC